UAUUUUCGCUAGGUGUCCCUCAAAUUUUCCUUCUCUACCUCUCUCUUUUGUCUAUAAAUAGCAUCCUCUAGACGCCCUAUUGAUAGCACACCUCUCCUCAUUUCUCUCGCUGUUCUUCAUUUUUUUAGUAGUUCAGAAUGGCGAAUCGGAAUAUUGAGAAAAUGGCUUCGAUCGAUGCUCAGUUGAGGCUUCUGGUGCCUGCAAAAGUGUCUGAAGAUGACAAAUUGGUGGAGUAUGACGCUCUUUUACUGGAUCGGUUUCUGGAUAUUCUGCAGGAUUUGCAUGGAGAAGACCUCAAGGAAACGGUUCAAGAGUGUUAUGAGCUUUCUGCUGAGUACGAAGGAAAACACGACCCCAAGAAGUUGGAGGAACUUGGAAAUGUGUUGACGAGUUUGGAUGCAGGGGACUCCAUUGUCAUUGCAAAAUCUUUUUCUCACAUGCUUAACUUGGCCAACUUGGCCGAGGAGGUUCAGAUUGCAUACCGUAGACGGAACAAGUUGAAGAAGGGUGAUUUUGCUGAUGAGAACAAUGCAACAACUGAAUCAGACAUUGAAGAAACUCUCAAGAAACUAGUGGUGCAGCUGAAGAAGUCCCCUGAAGAAGUUUUUGAUGCUCUCAAGAAUCAGACCGUGGAUCUGGUCCUUACUGCCCACCCCACCCAAUCAGUCCGUAGAUCGUUACUUCAGAAGCAUGGCAGGAUCCGGAACUGUUUAGCCCAGUUAUAUGCCAAAGACAUUACUCCUGAUGAUAAGCAGGAACUUGAUGAGGCUCUACAGAGAGAGAUUCAAGCAGCAUUUCGCACAGAUGAGAUCCGGAGGACCCCUCCUACUCCACAAGAUGAGAUGAGGGCAGGAAUGAGUUAUUUCCAUGAAACAAUCUGGAAGGGUGUCCCUAAAUUCUUGCGCCGUGUUGACACAGCUUUGAAAAACAUAGGCAUAAAUGAACGUGUUCCUUACAAUGCACCUCUAAUUCAGUUCUCUUCUUGGAUGGGUGGUGAUCGUGAUGGUAACCCAAGGGUGACUCCUGAGGUCACAAGGGAUGUUUGCUUAUUGGCUAGAAUGAUGGCUGCUAACUUAUACUAUUCCCAGAUAGAGGAUCUUAUGUUUGAGUUGUCUAUGUGGCGAUGCAAUGACGAACUUCGUGUUCGUGCAGAUGAACUCCUCAGAUCUUCAAAGAAAGAUGCAAAACACUAUAUAGAGUUUUGGAAACAAAUUCCUCCAAGUGAACCUUAUCGUGUUAUCCUUGGCGAAGUGAGGGACAAACUGUAUCAAACACGUGAACGUUCUCGUCAUUUACUAGCCCAUGGGAUCUCUGACAUUCCAGGGGAGGCAACUUACACCAAUCUUGAGCAGUUCUUGGAACCUCUUGAACUCUGUUACAGAUCACUCUGUGCUUGUGGUGACCGACCAAUUGCUGAUGGAAGCCUUCUCGAUUUUCUGAGACAAGUGUCCACAUUUGGACUUUCACUUGUGCGUCUUGAUAUUAGGCAAGAAUCUGACCGACACACUGAUGUAAUUGAUGCCAUUACUAGGCACUUGGAAAUUGGUUCCUACCGAGAAUGGUCUGAAGAACGCCGUCAGGAAUGGCUUUUGUCUGAACUAAGUGGGAAGCGGCCACUGUUUGGCCCUGAUCUUCCAAAAACUGAAGAAAUUGCUGACGUUCUGGACACAUUUCACGUCAUAGCAGAACUCCCAGCAGACAACUUUGGAGCAUACAUCAUCUCCAUGGCCACUGCCCCAUCUGAUGUGCUUGCAGUCGAGCUCCUUCAACGUGAAUGCCAUGUGAAGCAACCAUUAAGAGUUGUUCCACUGUUUGAGAAACUUGCUGAUCUAGAGGCUGCUCCAGCUGCUGUUGCUCGUCUGUUCUCAAUAGAUUGGUACAAAAAUCGGAUUAAUGGGAAACAAGAAGUCAUGAUUGGGUACUCAGAUUCUGGGAAAGACGCUGGAAGGCUCUCAGCGGCAUGGGCAUUAUACAAGGCUCAAGAGGAGCUUAUUAAAGUUGCUAAGCAAUAUGGUAUCAAGCUAACCAUGUUCCAUGGUCGAGGUGGCACAGUUGGAAGAGGAGGUGGUCCAACCCAUCUUGCUAUAUUGUCUCAACCACCAGAUACAAUUCAUGGUUCACUCCGAGUAACUGUCCAAGGAGAAGUUAUUGAGCAGUCCUUUGGAGAGGAGCACUUGUGUUUUAGAACACUCCAGCGUUUCACAGCUGCAACACUCGAACAUGGAAUGCAUCCCCCAAUCUCGCCAAAACCAGAAUGGCGUGCUCUUAUGGACGAAAUGGCUGUUGUUGCUACGGAGAAUUAUCGUUCAAUUGUUUUCCAAGAACCUCGAUUUGUUGAGUAUUUCCGCCUUGCUACACCAGAGCUGGAGUAUGGUAGAAUGAACAUUGGUAGCCGUCCAUCAAAGCGUAAGCCAAGUGGGGGAAUUGAAUCGCUCCGUGCAAUCCCAUGGAUCUUUGCCUGGACACAGACAAGGUUCCAUCUCCCAGUGUGGCUUGGCUUUGGAGGAGCUUUUAAAUAUGCCAUUGAGAAGGAUAUCAGGAAUCUACAUUUGCUGCAGGAGAUGUACAACGAAUGGCCUUUCUUUAGGGUCACCAUUGAUUUGGUUGAAAUGGUGUUUGCCAAGGGAGACCCUGGGAUUGCAGCUCUGUAUGACAAGCUCCUUGUGUCAAAAGACCUGUGGUCAUUUGGAGAGCGGUUGAGGUCCAACUAUGAACAAACUAAGAGCCUUCUCCUCCAGAUUGCUGGACACAAGGACCUUCUUGAAGGGGAUCCCUACUUGAAGCAAAGACUCCGCCUGCGUGACUCCUACAUCACAACCCUAAAUGUCUGCCAAGCAUGUACGCUGAAACGGAUUCGUGACCCCAGCUACGAUGUUAAGGUGAGGCCACACAUCUGCAAGGACAUAAUGGAAUCAGCAGCUCAAGAACUUGUGAAUCUGAACCCAACGAGCGACUACGGCCCUGGUUUGGAGGACACCCUCAUCUUGACAAUGAAGGGUAUUGCAGCAGGCAUGCAGAACACCGGUUAAACUCUGGUUUCUAUUGUACCUUGUUUCUUCUUUCUAUAAUAUAGGUUUUGCCCAAUGACAGUAUACAUUAUAUAAGCAGAGAAGCACAAGCUUUGGGUGAUCCUUGUGACUUGAAUGUUUAGUUUUUGCGGCAGUUUUUUCAGAUUGCUUUGUGCUUAAAUAGUUUUAGCAGCAGCAGCUGUGUUGAAUGUUAAUGGAAGAACUGGUUGAUUAUGCCUUCUUGAA